GCGGAGGUUCCCUCCGGACAUGGAUUUCCUCCUGGGACUGGUGAUCGCCUCUGCCUUCUACCCGGAGGCUGCGGCGGAAUUUGAUGGCAGGUGGCCGAGACAAAUAGUGUCCUCCAUUGGAUUAUGCCGUUAUGGUAGUAGGAUUGAUUGCUGCUGGGGCUGGGCCCGCCAGUCAUGGGGACAGUGUCAUCCUUUCUACGUCUUAAGGCAGAGAAUAGCCAGGAUAAGGUGCCAACUCAAAGCUGUAUGUCAACCCAGAUGCAAGCAUGGUGAAUGUAUAGGACCGAACAAAUGCAGAUGUCAUCCUGGAUACUCAGGGAAAACCUGCAAUCAAGAUGACCACCCCUAUCCAACCCCUCUUGAUCAGCACAGUGAACAGCCUAACGUCCACCUCCUGGAUCUUCAUGCAAUGAAUUUACCUUCAAGGGACUUAAAUGAAUGCGGUCUCAAGCCCCGGCCCUGCAAGCAUCGUUGCAUGAAUACUUAUGGAAGCUACAAGUGCUACUGUCUAAAUGGGUACAUGCUUAUGCCAGAUGGAUCUUGUUCAAGUGCCCUGUCGUGUUCUAUGGCAAACUGUCAGUAUGGUUGUGAUGUGAUGAAAGGUGAUGUACGCUGCCGUUGUCCUUCACCAGGCUUACAGCUGGGGCCAGAUGGGAGGACUUGUGUGGAUGUGGAUGAAUGUGCAACUGGGAGAGCCUCAUGUCCCAGAUUUAGACAGUGUGUGAACACCUUUGGAAGCUACAUCUGCAAAUGCCAUAAAGGCUUUGAUCUCAUGUAUAUUGGAGGCAAAUACCAGUGUCAUGAUAUAGAUGAAUGCUCUCUUGGUCAGUACCAGUGCAGCAGCUUUGCCCGAUGUUACAAUGUGCAUGGGUCAUACAAGUGUAAAUGUAGAGAUGGUUACCGGGGAGAUGGAAUAAACUGUAUAUAUAUUCCAAAAGUUAUGAUUGAACCUUCAGGACCAAUUCAUAUAUCAAAGGGAAAUAGUACUUUCCCAAAAGGUAAUGGAGGACAUAUUAAUACAAUUCCUGAUAUUGCAAGUACUAGAUGGCCUCCAAGAACACCACAUAUUCCCAUUAUUCAUACUGAGAGAUCUACUCCUAAGCCGCUAAGACCUACACUAAAGCCAACAACACAACCUCCGCCAACCACAACUGAACUUAUUACUGUCCGAAUGACACCACCACCACCACCACCAGCAGUGGCAACACAAAGACCAACCCUCAAGCCAUCAACAAUGGCACCUUCAUUUUCAACCAAAAUACCAAUUGAAAGUACAUCUUCAAGAGAAAUGAUGGUUGACAACAGAAUACCAGUAGAUCCUCAGAAACCCAGAGGAGAUGUAUUCAUUCCUCGCCAGCCAGGAGUGAACAAUGACCUGUUUGAAAUAUUUGAAAUUGAAAGGGGAAUUAGCGCAGAUGAUGAAGCCAAAGAUGAUCCAGGUGUUCUGAUACACAGCUGUAACUUUGACCAUGGUCUUUGUGGAUGGCUUAGGGAAAAAGAUGAUGAUUUACAUUGGGAACCAGUCAGAGAUUCAGCAGGUGGACAGUUUUUGACGGUCUCGGAGCCCAAAAGUCCAGGUGGAAAAGCAGCUCGUUUGGUGUUGCCUCUCAGCCACUUCAUGAACUCAGGUGACUUGUGUUUAUCAUUCAAGCACAAGGUAUCUGGGCUUCAUUCUGGAACCCUCCAGCUGUUUGUAAGAAGGCAUGAUACCCCCGGAGCGGCCCUGUGGGGCAGGAACGGUGGCCACGGCUGGAGGCAAACACAGAUCACGCUGCGGGGCGCAGAUAUCAAGAGUGUCAUUUUCAAAGGUGAAAAAAGACCCAGCCACACUGGGAAUAUUGGAUUGGAUGACGUGAGUUUGAAAAGAGGCCGGUGCUCGGAUGAACCCUAGAUCCACCAACACCAGAAAUGGGCAUCUGCUUGGCUCCCUCUCCUCCCUCCUAUUUCCCUUUCUAUCAGGCUGAGAAGAGCUGGGUCAGAAGCAAGUGGUGAUCUACUUCUGUUGGCCUGCUUUUGUGCAAUUCCCAGUGAAGAGUAAAACUCUCUUUUCUAUAAAGAUCUCCAAUGAUAACCAUGAUAGGCAAAACUCCCACUCCUGUUCUCCAUUGUCUUUUUGGUGCUGCAGUGUACAUGGGACAAAUCACAUCCUUCAUCUUGUAUCUAAGAUGCCUCUAGAAAUAAAGGAAAAGUUCAUUUGGGGGGCAAGUUUUCUAAAUAAACAAACAAGACUUUCCAUUCAAAAGAGCAUCUGCUCAUUGCUGUACCAAAUGUAAUCAUUUCACAUGUGAUACAAUUAUACUUGUGGAAAUGGUGUCUCCUAAUUUAAGGUAACUCUAGCCUGUACCCAAACUCUGGCUAUCUACUGCCAUUUUUUUUUUUAAGAAAGAAGGAUGUAUACUAUGUCAAAUUACAUUUAUUCUUAUUUUGUAUCCAUUUAAAAAAUUAUAUAGAGUAGCAUUACAUCCCUUUAAUAUUGGUAGAGUGGUAUUUUCUGUAAAUGUGCUAUUGAUAUUAUAUAUUUAUGUGUUCCUAAUAUUUACAGACUCUAGCUGUAAGGUAAAAAGCAGCUUGUGAUCUUUCGAGUUUAAAAAGAUGCAUCAUGUGAAAUCUUAUCUUUUUCUGUGACCCUGUGUUAUAGGCCAGAUAUAAAUUGUAAAUAUCUCACUUUGGAUAAAGCAUUGGGGUAAGCUAAAAAACAUUUUUAUAUCAUAAUUAUCUUAACUCUGAUUAAUCUAAACCAGUGGUACGUAUUAGAAGUCCAUAGGCAGCAACUUACAAAGUCCUAACACCAUUUUAGACUAACUGAAUCACAAUUUGUAUUAAUCCCCACCCAAUUUCAAUUUAAUAAUAAAAAUAAACAUAAUGUUAAUGGUUUUCUAAAUCAAUUUGCAGUCCACAGGGAUCAUUAUAUACAGGUGUAGUGGCCAGUUUCUAUUUGGGUUACAUCACUUAGCUAGACAAUUUUGAUUAGAAUCGGGUUCUUUAUCGCUUCAUGGUACAUAAGUGAAUUUCUGGCAUCUUAUAAAUGGACGGAUCUCUACUUUUCAAUUCAUAGGAUCUAGAAGGGACCUUGGGGCUCAUGUAGUCCAACUCCCAUUUUUGUAGAUGAAGAAACUAAAACUUAGAGUGAUUCACAGGGUCAUAGAUCACAGAUCUAUAGACAAAAAGAAACUUAAAGGCAUCUAGUCCAUUCACCCCAUUUUUAAUAGGUGAAGAAAAUGAAGGACAUGGAGAUUCACUGAAUUGUCCAAGAUCCCACAAGUUUGUCACAAAUGGCAGAGACAAGAUUUGAACCCACAUCCUUGGAUUCUUAAAUCAAUGCUUUUCCCAAAGUAUCACAUUGGCUCCUGAGCAUACUGAUAUCCCUAUUGUUUGGAGCCAUAAUUUCAAAGCCAAACAUGGUGACUAACAGCUGUUUGCUGUACUCUUAUGUCUCUCUCUUGAGGAACCUCUAGAACUUCUUAGCAAGAAGGUGGAAAGGGAAUUUUCUAGACCAGCGUUUAAGGCUCUAAUAAUAUUUUGCUAAUUUUUUAAAAAUUGCCUUGUGAUUUAUAUGCCAAAGUAUCUGAUUAGAAUGUGAAGAAAACUGAAGGAUAUAUAUGUAUAUUACAGCUCAUAGGCAGUCAUUUAUAAGAUCUAUCACUAUUUUAGACUAAAUGAAUCUAAAUUUAUAUUUACUCCCAACUUAUUUCAACUUAAAUAUAAAAAUAAAUGCUUCCUACAAGCAACGAUACUUCCCGGGAUUGUUAUUAUUUAUUUAUACUGAAAGAAUUAAAAACAGUUUCUGCAUUUUUUUCUAGGAAUCACAAACACUGUUAGAAAGGUCGGGAGAGAAAGUUAUAUGAUGAAAUAGUAAAAGAAUAGAGACUAACUAGUCAGCUUGAAGAAGAAAAGAUUUAGGGAGAAAUCAAUGUUGAUUUUCAAGUCUAUGAAGCUCAGUUACACAAAGAAUGAUAAUCUGUCAUUCACAUACAAAGAAGAUAACAAGAGGCAACAAUUUAGACUGCAGUGUUUAAAGGGGAAUUUCCCAGCUGGAAGAAUUAUUAAAUCAGAGUUGUUUAAUGAAAGAACAGGGGACUUUAUCCAAAAAGCUUUAAAAACAGAAUGGCUUGGUUUUUGUUUGUUUGUUUUUGCUUUUUGUCUGUUUGGGAUGUCUAGCCCUCCAUUAAGACAGAUUUAAAAAAAAAACUAAGUACCUUCCAUCCCAAAGAUGGCUUUAUAAAGGUCAAAUAAUGUGACUAAGUAUAGAGCUAUGUCAACGCUUGUUUCCUCUUGUAGUAAUUUGAUAUUUCCAUAUAUUCCAUUGAUCCAUGUAGGUCUUCUCUUUCCCAGGGCAAGAGCCCAGGGCAGCCCAUCUCAUCCUCAAGUCCUACCAGAUGUUAAAUCUGGAAAGGACUUUUACCUCAUUUUACCAGUGGGGAAACUGAGUCCAAGAGAGUUUAAGGCAUUUGUCUUAAUUUCACAAAUGAACUCUAAAAAUCUUGUAAAAUCACAAAAACCAUGUCCUCUUUAAUCUGCAAAAACCCAGACUCCAAAUAGUUUCAUAUCCUCUCAAGAGGGAGGGCAAAUCAAACUCCUAUUGAUGUUUCGGGAAGUCAAGUCAAAGUCUCAUGAAAGACUUGACAUUCAAUUGAGAAAUCCUGGUCUAAUUAUCAAACACUGUUCCCCUUCCCCCCCACCCCCACCCCAGACUUACACAUAAAAUAGGUCUUUUGCUAUCCUUUUCUUUGCAGAUUUCCUCCAUUGAGAAAAUGGCCCGGUAAGGGAAAACCUCUUAGUGAAAAAUAAAACCUCCUACUUUUGUCACAGCCUCUGGGGUUAGCGAAUUCUUUCAGUUCCAAACCUGGGAAGGAAUCGCACUCAUUCACAUGCCUCAUCACUAGAUCACACCUGUAGUUAAGUGAUAGGAUUUGAACCUACCAAAGCCAGUGCUCUUUCCUCUAUACCAUUACUCAUCAAAUGCCAAGAUUCUAGGAGAUGCUUUGCCUUUCUUGGUCUACCUAACACUAAUAGAUGCCUUUCCUUACAAAAAAUAAACAUUGUUAUAGGUGCAUUAUGUGUUUGAUACUAUAGUAUGAGGGAAUUUCAUUUUUCCUUUAAAAAAAAAUACCUUGGCCAGGUUUAGGCUGACUAAACAGCUGAGAGUGUCAGAGAAAUUCUAACAUUCAUACAGAUGACAGGAACGUCUCUAGAGAGGGAGGAGCACUAAAGUGUCAAGAGCCUUUGUCAAACAGCAACAUUUCUGGGAAUAGUGGAAACAACUGAAUGUCUCAUUGUUUAUUGGGAAAGAAAGGAAGAUAUGAGAUGAGAAAUGUAAUUUACUGGGGUCCACACAAAUUAAGGGACAGGAAACAUGACCAUGGACUUCUACAUACAAAACAUUUUAGACCAGUUGCUUCUCUUCAAGCCAAAUAAGUGCACGGGGAAAAAAUAGGAGAAAAUUGAAAAAUCCACUUGUAGGUGCCAAUAAGAUAUUGCACUAAAUGAAUGGAAGAAGUUAUCAAAAGUACUGUAUAACAUCUUACUGGUUUAUUAUUUAAUGUUUUCUAUAAUGAAAAAGUUAAUUGUUUUCCAUAAUGGCUAAAAUAAAAAUGUUUCUUCAUAAACG